GGGCUGCAGGAGAAACCCGUAACCCACCGCCGCUGCUCCCGGACCCGCCCCGGGCAGCGCUUGCACCGCCGGGCGGGGGGGGUGGGGGGCUCGGGGGGGGCAGCGGCCGGAUCCUGACCCGGUUCCACCUUAACGGCCCGUCCGGGAUGCGGGACCCCAGCUGCCCCCCGGCUCCUCGCCCCGUCCCCCCCCCCCGGUUUCGUUUUCCUUCCUGGGGCUCUUCUGCCCGCCCCCCCCCUCCCCGGGCCGGGUGCGGGAGGGCGGCGGCGCCCGGAGAUAAAUCAUCCCCGCUCCUCCUUGCCAGGACGUCCCGGUGGAGGCUUCCUCCGGGGGAACAGGGAGUCUCCUCCCAGCUGGAGACAAUAAUGCUAAAAAAGAAAAGAAAAGGAAAAAAAAAAACAAAACAACCCAAAAAACCAAACCCACCACCGAACAAACCCAAACCCCUCCUUUGCACUGCUCUGGAUAAGGAAAGUUCCUGCCCGUUCGAAUUGUCCUUUAUUGUCCUGGAGGUGAAUAAACAGCCAGGACUCGGGUGCAGCUGUGGGGGGUGGGUGGGUGUCUGCGGUUAGGGUGCUUUUUGCCCUGUGGGUGUAGCGGCUCUCUUUGCACAGGGGUUUUGAGAGGAGAGGGGUCACCCAAGGGUUUUGGGGGGCUCUGGUGGGUGCCACCAUGCCCUUUGGCCAGCUGAAGUUCAAGGAGCUGGGUGAGGAGGAGCCCACCUGGGAGGAAGAGAGCCUGGACAGCGUGAAGGCGCUGACGGCCAAGCUGAAGCUGCAGACGCGGAGACCUUCCUACCUGGAGUGGGAAGCCCGGGUGCGGGGGCAGCCCUGGCGCAGCCGGACCCCUGGGGAGGUGCGGAGGGCAGAGCAGGGCCCUGGGCACCCUGAGGAUGAGCGGGAUGGUGGCGUCUGUGGCUUUGCCACCAUGGAAUCAGCUCUGGAGUGGCUCAGGACGGAGCUGCGGGAGAUGCAGGCUGCGGACCAGCGCCUGGCACAGCAGCUGAUGCGCCUGCGGGCGCAGCUGCACCGGCUGAAGGUGGAGCAGGCCUGCCACCAGCACAAGGAGAUGCUGGACGAUGCUACCUUCGGCCUCGAGGGCUGUGAGGAAGACUCCGACCUGCUCUGCAACAUCCCGCCCAAGGCUGCCUUCCUGCUCUCCAUGCCGCUCAAGCACAUCGGCGUCACCCGCAUGAACAUCAACUCCCGACGGUUCUCCCUCUGCUGAGCGCAGUGGGACCCCAUGCACCGCUCAGCUCCAAGCCCAGAUGGGAGCCUCGUGGCCACCCAUGGGUGCGUCCGGACCUGGUGGGGCUUGCGGAUCCCUCCCAAAGUGCCUGGGGGACUGCGGAGCUGCUGCCGGGGCUGAGCUCCCUCGGGGCAGGCAGUGCUGAGCCGUGGUGCUGCCAGCCCGGUCCCGGGGCAGUGCCGUGCCCAGUGGCAUGGGAAAUGCCACCAUCCCGAUCGGGCACAGGGUGUUUUGGGGCACCCAGUGCCUUGUCCCUAAGGAUGGUGGGGUCAACUACAGUGGAAAAUGUGGGGAGCAGCCAUUUGUAGAGGAAUAAAAGGAGGAGA